GUCGGUGAAAUGGGACGCUCCCUUUCCGGGUUGUCUCAAUUGUAAUUUGUUUCCACUUUUGUAUAAGUGUUUCUGCUUUUGUUAAUGUUUUCUGAAAUGUAAAAGUGUCUUGGCUUUUGUUCAUUUGUUUUCUGAAAUGUAAAAGUGUUUUGGAUUCUGUUUUCUGAAAUCUCGAGUCUUCGAUCGCUGGUCUCCGCCAGCGUCGUAAAUUUGAAGGUCUCUCCAGACAGCCGGCAGGCAAUGUCAGGCUCCACUCCCCCGCCUCCCCAAACAGAAGCGAUGGGAACCGAUGGGUGUUUCCCCCCCGAGUACAAGCCUUUCAACCCCGAGGAACAUGGCUUGGAGCGCGGGUUUCGUCUCACAGCCUUCUCGGACUUGAAAGGAUGAGGCUGCAAAGUCCCGCAGGAGGCUCUGCUCAAACUCCUGGCGGGACUCGAGCCGAACCGGGCCGACGGGUCAGGGAAGGACGGAGACCACGCAUCUGAAUUGGCGCAACAGUUGCCCGGCCCUCGGCUAGGAGUGGGAAUGGAUUGCUGUGUGAUUCCUCUGAGGCACGGGGGGCUCUCAUUAGUCCAGACAACAGACUUCUUCUACCCUCUGGUGGAGGAUCCCUACAUGAUGGGCAAGAUAGCUUGUGCCAAUGUCCUCAGUGAUCUCUACGCCAUGGGCAUCACAGAGUGUGACAACAUGCUGAUGCUGCUUAGUGUCAGCCAGAAGAUGAAUGACAAGGACCGUGAGCGUGUAAUGCCGCUAAUGAUUCAAGGAUUUCGCGAUGCUGCAGAGGAGGGAGGGACUUCUGUGACAGGCGGCCAGACGGUGAUCAAUCCAUGGAUCAUUAUUGGGGGAGUGGCCUCAGUUGUCUGCCAGCCCAACGACUUCAUCAUGCCAGACGGUGCUGUCCCAGGCGAUGUCUUGGUCCUUACCAAGCCUCUGGGGACACAGGUUGCCGUCAAUGCUCACCAGUGGCUCGAACAGCCUGAUCGGUGGAACAAGAUCAAGCUUGUCAUCACCAAGCAGGAAGUUAAAGAGGCUUAUCAGGAAGCUAUGUUUUCAAUGGCAACUCUAAACCGUACAGCGGCAGGUCUCAUGCACAAGUUCCAGGCCCAUGCAGCAACGGACGUGACAGGCUUUGGUUUGUUGGGGCACGCCAACAACUUGGCAACACAACAACGCAAUGACGUGGCCUUCGUCAUCCACAACCUACCGAUCAUAGCCAAGAUGGCUGCUGUCAGCAAAGCGUGCGGAAACAUAUUCAAUCUGGUUCAGGGCACAUCAUCAGAGACAUCCGGUGGACUGCUGGUUUGUCUACCCCGAGAGCAGGCGGCCAAAUUUUGUUCUGAGAUGAAGAGCCAGAGUUUGGGGACUGGAGGUCAGGGUGCCUGGAUCAUUGGAAUUGUAGAGAAAGGAGACCGUCGCGCUCGCAUCAUCGACAAGCCCCGUAUCAUCGAGGUUCCACCACGAGGAAGCCAAGUCGCCAAUCAGGAUAACAACUCUGCGAGCCCUGUGCCUGGGUCCAAUUUGUCCUAGACUGUGUGGUUCAUUGUGUCUGUGUGUGUGCAUGUGGUGAGGAUUCUGUCCAUCUCUUCUGGAAAGCACAGAUCACCACUGUCCUUUUUCCCCAUCUUAUUUGGGUAUCAACCUACAUACUACAUUGUCAGAUAAAGCUGUAAUAAUUGCUUAUUUUAAUAAUUACUUUACAUAUCUACAGUAAUUGGUGAGAAUGCAAAAUAAGUGGAAAUAACAUUCCAAAUCAUCCUUGCCAAAUUCAAAGAUAACAAUGAAUAUCCAGUGGAUGUGUGCGUUUGUGUAUGGAUGUUUUUUUUUUAUUUUUAAUGUGACGUGGGCCACUACUACUAUUUUGUUGGCUUAAUUUGAGUAGGGGAUGAUAUGUUUCGGGAAUGAAAUUAUUGCCCAAAUGGAAUGGUGCAACUGUCUUGUGUCUGGCUGAGGCAUUACAGUCUAGAGGAAGGCUUGAGCAGCUUCCUCCGGACAAGUGGCUCCAGGUACAGAUGUACUUUUUCAGCUGAUUGGUCAUCCAGCACAAAGCCACUCACAUUCUUCCUGUUUAUGAAACUCUACCCUAUAAACCCCAGCCAAGGGGCCAGGUGGAGUGGAUGCUUGUCAUUGGAAGGGUGAGGUGGACUUUGCUGGUUGAGGGCUAACGCUGUUUGUCAAUUUCCUGCUUUUCACAAUCAAUUAAAAAAAACAACUGAG